AUGACCACCAACCAGCAUUGGGGCCAACGAUCAGCACCACGCCCAUUCAGCUUUUUCGACAGCCUGAGGCCUUCAAGCACCAUCUCACACCGAACCGAUCCGAUGGCCUCUUCAUCCGCCACCCCCAGGGCUUAUAAGCCCGAGACGGCGCACACUACAGCCGAGCCCACGAAGCCGUUCGAUACGAGCAUUCUCAUGUCGCCACCGGAGCCUCCUCGAUACGAAUCCUUUGCGGACAGAACAGCUUCAGUAUCAGUAAAGACGAUGGAUAGUAUCACGGUCGCAGAUGUUCGCCGGGGUUCGGCACCAAAGCAGCCCCUCUCGCCACCAAUAUCACCCGCCGCCCGAGUUGAUGAUAGACUAUCGAGUGGUGAAUUGUCACCAACAAUACCCGUCAAAGACCCGAUUCUCUACCCAACACCCAGCAGUGGCCCAUCACCUCCGCAGCCGCCUCUUUUCAGCCGAGAGGAUGUACUUGUUACCAGGAAAAUCGUUGACGACCACCUUGUUGCACGGCCCUCGAGACUCUUCCAGCAGUCGACCCCACCACAGCGCGAGGACUACGAAUUGAUGUUGUUCUUCAAGUCACACGUCAUGAAGAGGUACAACGAAAACCCCAAGGGCUGGCUGCGGCGGGAACGAGCUCAACUCCUCGCCGACCGCAAGGCCGGAGCACGGCACAAUCAGUUUAAAUUGCACCCUAUCCUGCCAGCAAAGCCGCAAGCUAUUCGGACGAUGGCGCAGCGCGUCGUCAAGCCUGCUGCAAAGCCCGCCAGAACAAUUACAGUGGCGGCGCCCCGGCCGAUCCGGGCCAAUCCUCCUGCAUCAACUCCCAGACAGCCAGCGGUUCGUGUUCGCAAGACCACUCCGACUCCUGACCCGUCCUCACGCCGGGUUGUGGCGCCAAACCGGGAGGAUAAGGAGUUUGCCCUGCUGCCAGACUACUGCCCGCCACUCUCUUCGCUGCCUAGCAAGGCCAACAGCCUCAAGGUAGACUGGAAGGGAGCCCCGAUCGACCUCAGCACUGACCCGCAUCGAGGUCUCCUGCAUCCUGAUGAGGUCAUGCUAGCGGCCAAUCUACGGCUCGACUGUGCGACAUAUCUCACCAGCAAGCGCCGCAUGUUCAUUCGCAGGCUCGAAUGUUUGCGGGUGGGCAAAGAAUUCCGGAAGACAGACGCCCAGCAAGCCUGCAAGAUAGAUGUCAAUAAGGCGUCCAAGCUGUGGACCGCUUUCGACAAGGUUGGCUGGCUGGAGAAGGGCUGGGUCAGCCGCUUUCUCUAA